AUGGCCCACGAACGUACGCUUUACACCAUCGACGUGGGCGUGCAGAUGAUCGGCGUGAGGGUUGGUGGCAAAGUGCAACGCGACGCAGGCCUCCGCUUUACGCUCGCUGACGCGGCAACGCUCCAGCCAGGGCAGCCGCGGUUGGCGCAGCGCCAUGCGCUUUCUACGGUCACUCAGCGCGCCCGGGAGCAGCUCACCUUCCCCGAGACGCCGCGGAACGUGGACUACAUGAAUCACGGACUCAUGCCUCCACAGAGCGAGGCAAACCCAUACAAAGGCCGGUCUUGGGCAUGCUGCGUGGACGUGGUCCCCAUGGCGUCCAGCGCCAUCAAGGCCGCCAUCGCGCACGGCACGGCCCACGCCACCUUCGUUCUGAAGCGCGCUUUUUUCGAGGCGGACUUGGCCGUACCAGCGUCCCCCACCGCGGCCGCGUGGACGGCGUCUGCGUCCUUGCUGGGCCAGCGGCUCAAUAUCCACCGCACGGGCACGCGCGCCGACGCCGCCGAUUGGGCAGUCUCCGACCUGAUCCGCUUCCGCCCGCGGCUGGACCCUGCGCUGCCGACCAACGUCCGCCAGGAAUUCGACGCCCUGGCGAACAAGCAUUCCGCGUACAUCACGAUCGGGCCCUUCAAUUGGGAGGGCGACGCCGAGGCGGUCACAGCCCCGAAGAGGCGCCCGACAGCUGCUGACGGUGAGCGCGUGGCCCGCAAGCGCCCCGCACGCCGUUGA